UUUGUUAUUUUAUAAUUAAUUUCGUCUCCUUUAUUUUUUGAAUUAUUUUAUUUUGUAUCUCCGCCAUUUUUUAUCUCUUCGAGGAACUCGAGGUCUCAUCCGGGUUUAAUGAAGUUCGGGUUUUCUUCAACGAAGAGUUAUGCGUGCCACUUCAAACUUUCUUACUCUGCAACCUUAGCUGCUCAACCCCUGUACUGUUUUUAUUAAAUAACAUCUGAGACAAGGGGGUUCAAAGAGCCUCUGUUUUAGAAAGACAAUACGUUACAAAAUUCAGGCCAUCAUGGACAGGGCGGAUACUUCCGGGUUUGUUAGUGGUGGAGGCAGUCAAUUAAGUUUCCAUGCAUAUUUCCAUUUCACUUACUCUAUACUUCUUAAUGUUAAGUUGUUUAGAACAAAAUACUAGCUGGCAAAAUUGACUUACCUUGUGCCCAUUGGUCUCUUCCUCCACCUUCAAGACCUCCCAAAACUUCACUACAUUCACUGACUCUCAUGUUCAUUAAGUAUGGAAUUCACGAUAACAGAUCUCUCGGCAAAGGGCAGGAAUCCUAUCACCCCUAUUUCAACUGCAGAAAUGAAAAACAGUGGCAACUUAGAUGACACAACUUUUUGCCUAAGCUUAUCUGAAAAACCCCGCAGAACAGCUUAUUCGAAAAGCAGUUAUCUCCCUUCUUCUCAUGAUGAUGGCUGCCAGUUGGUCCUUGGACUGGGUCCGGCUCCUGCUUUCUAUAGCAAAUCUAAAGAAUCUGCUUCUUCAAUAAGCCAAAGUUGGGAUUCUGAUUCAGAUUGUGAAAUGUUAGAACUUGGAUUAUCCCAUGGAAAGCAUCUUCCAGUUCCAGUUGUUGACGAGUGCUCAACUUCGGCGAAGAGGAGUGCAGGAGGGUACAUGCCCUCUUCGCUCUUUCCUCCGAGACUCGAGAACUUCUCCAAUUCUGAGGCCAUGCCAAAUCGUUGUGUUCAAACCAAUCUCGGGGGUAAUUUAAAUGCUAAUCGCCAUUGUAUGAUUGAUUAUACAGCUGGUAUUGUUCUCGGUUCCCAAGUUCGUCAGAAUACCAAACACCAGUACCCAAAAAAAUGCAUGUUUCAAGGAUGCUCGAAAGGCGCACGCGGGAAAUCCAAGCUCUGCAUCGCCCAUGGCGGCAGUCAGCGGUGUCAGAAGCCAGGGUGCAACAAAGGCGCUGAGUCCCGCACGGCCUUCUGCAAAGCUCACGGAGGAGGUAAAAGAUGCCAGAAGCUCGGUUGCAUUAAAACUGCAGAGGGGCUCUGUGCUGCUCCUGCAUCACAGCAGGAGCGGGAAGCCGGGAAGAGAGAGAACAUGAUCGGCCUAGGUCUGUUCCAUGGGAUUGUCCCACCUUCUACAGUGGGAAGCAACGCGGAUGAAGAACGCUCAUCUUCAUCGGUGACUUCUGGUUUAAAUGAUAAUUACACAAACACCUCUGCAAAGGUUUGGGAAGGACAGCUUCGAAUUCCUCCUCAGGUAUUGGUUCCCACUUCUAUGAAGACCUCAUCGUCUCGAUUGACAUUGACGGGUAUCAAAAGAGAGGAUCAUUUUAAGAGCUUCGAGAUUGUUGCACCCGAAGGGAGGGUGCAUGGCGGAAGUCUUAUUUCUCUGCUAAAAGGAAGCCCCACAAAUUCCGCCGCUGACGGGAUGGAAUGAUCUGCGCCGGAUCGACGCUCUAAGAAAAUCCAUUCCAGAGUUUCGAGUGCCUAUGUUGUACUUUACACAUGUCAAAUUGUGUGGUAAUGCUGUGUUUAUCCUAUAUCCUCUUUUUCGGUCAUUUGAGAGUGAUUGUGUUUAUUUGUUUCUCUUCUCUUUUCUUAUGACUCGGGAAAUUGCGAAGCUUCAAAUGCUUGUGAUUUAAAAGUGCUUUAUUCU